AUGGCCGAUCUUGUACCAAAUGGUGCAUGGGACACGCACAUCCAUGUCUUCGAUCCAGAAGCUUUUCCGUACGCCGUUCCCCGGUCGUAUACUCCAAAGCCUGCCCAGAUAGCGGAAUAUCCUACCUCAACCACUGGCUGUAGAAAUAUCGUCAUUGUCCAGGCGUCAAUGCAAGGCAAAUCUCCUGCUUCCCUCAUCGACGCGCUGAACAAGCAACACCAGAUGAAUGGUUAUACUUUUCGGGGGCUCACAACAAUUGAUCCGUUUCGUAUAACAAACGAAGAGCUAGAUGCUCUUCAUGCUGCUGGUGUACGUGGAGCUCGGCUUCAUGAAAUGUCUUGGGGCCACGGCAAGCAAAACGGUGCCGGGGACAUCGCGAAGAAGAUUGAAGCUUUGGCACACCGACUUGCUAGACUAGAAUGGGCUAUUGGCGUCUUUUGCCCCGUUGGAGCAUGGGCUGCCAUGGCGGACAUGAUUCGUACCAUGGACCCUCGAGUCAAGAUGAUUGCAGAUCACUUCGGAGGAACCUUUCCUGGAGAAGAAAACUCACCCGAGUUCGCUACCUUUCUAGAUCUGGUGCGGGAGAAGAAGGUCUGGGUGAAAGUCUCGGGAUUCGAGCGCCUUUAUCAUGGAUGUGAGACACAAAUGGAGGCCAUUGAGCCAAUUGUCAAGGCCGUUAUUGAAGCUGGGCCGGAUCAGAUUGUUUUUGGUACAGACUGGCCUCAUACGCAGUUGGGAGUGACACGGAAGGGAAAGACGGAUCAACAGAGAAUAGACGAGGUAGAAGGAUUUCGAGAGGUGAAUGAUGAUGCUCAUAUUCGAAAGUUGCGGAAAUGGAUCCCAAGUGAUGAUGUGUGGCAAAAGUUAUGGGUCACCAAUCCAACCAGGUUGUUCUUAUAG